AUGUCUGAUAACAAAGUUAUCACCGCAAUCGAAAUUGUUUAUCCGUCAUCACAAUAUUAUUGGGUAUAUGGUAGUUCUCAAUAUGUUAUGUGGACUACUAAUUCAACGGAUCCCUCAUCUUUCAACAUUUAUUUGAGAAAUAAUGAUUUACCUCAGUUAGCAAUUGGAAGUGGUCUUGCUCUUGCAAACACCGUUCCUACUAGUCUUCAAAAAACAAAUAUUACCCUUUCCGAUAAUUACGGUAAAGAGACAGUUUAUACUCCACCAUCAACCCCUACUCCUGCCCCUGAAGCUACUCCAACUAAAUCUGCUGCCGGAACAUCAUCUCCUUGUAAAAUAGCUUCAGGGGCAGGAGUAGGGGUUGAUG